CACUUCCGCCAUAUCUGUUAAAAGAAGAGCACCAAAUAUCACUAAACGCAUUUAAUCCAACGAUGGCCGAAAAUCCAGCAGUAAAAAGACCCUUAGAUGCUAGCGGUGAUCACCUAGAUGGUGUUAAGGCUGUACUUUUAGACAUCGAAGGCACAACUACUCCUGUUUCCUUUGUAAAGGAAAAGCUCAUUAGUUACUUCAGGGAAAACGUGAAAACCUACUUGGAGACCCACUUCGAACAAGAGGAGACCCAAAACGUUAUCAAGGAUUUAAGAGAAUUGGCCACAAAGGACACUGAGGAAGAAAAAGAAGGAGUUGUUUCUAUUCCAGAAGAAGACCAAGAGAAAAUUAUAGAAGGCGUUGUAAAUAAUGUUUUCUGGCAAAUAGAAAACGAGAGAAAGACAACUCCUUUGAAGAAAAUUGAAGGUUUUAUUUGGAGAGAAGCUUACAAGACUGGAAAAAUCCAGGGAGAAUUAUACGAGGAUGUUCUCCCAGCCAUCAAGAGCUUUAUUGCCGAAGAAAAGAAAGUCUAUACAUAUUCCUUCGGCACAGUUGAGGCUCAAAAACUUUUGUUCAAGCACUCUACCUCAGGGGAUGUUGCUCAACAUUUCGAGGGACAUUUCGAUACUGAAAUAGGAGAGAAGAAAGAAAAGGAUAGCUAUAUCAAAAUCGCUAAACAAAUUGAGGUGGAACCCGAUCAAGUACUAUUUGUUACCGAUUUAGCUGAUGAGGCCAAAGCCGCAGCUCAAGCUGGAUUUAAAACGGUAGUGAUGAAGCGUGACGAGGCAACAGAAGAAGAGACUGAAAAAAGUUUCGUCACCGCGAAAUCUUUCUCCGAGCUGGUAAACUCUGAAGUUGAUGGAAAUCAACCGAAAAAACAAGCUGUUGAGGAGAAUGGAGACGGACCAAAAGAGGAAGAGAAAGAGGAAAAUAAUGACGCCAAGGAGUAG